AUGGCUCUCUGCUUCACCCCUCAAAAUCAUAUGAUGCCUGUGGCAGCCAUAGCAGCGCUGCACCUGCUACAUCUCCUGGCAGUCACACCAGUGCUCCACGCAGCCACCAACGUAGCACUGCCUGGUUGCCUUAGCAAGUGCGGCGAGGUCAGUGUACCUUACCCAUUUGGUGUUGGUGCCGGUUGUUACUACGAGGGGUUUAUGCUCACCUGCGACGAGACCCACAGCCCCCCUAAGCUCUUCUUGGGCAAUACUAGCGCUGUGGUGCUCAACAUUUCUCUGCAUCAUGGGAGGCUGGACAUUGAUAAUGGUAUCGCCAGUCUGACAGGGAGAAAUCCAUACAGUAUGAACUGGGGGGUCCCCCUUGACGACAGCAUCUUCGCACUGUCCUCUUUCUGGAACAACUUCUUCGUCAUGGGAUGUGGGUUCAAGUUUCAAGUCAUGCUGCCAGAUUCAGAAAACAUGAUCGUUAUGUGUAAUUCGUCGUGCCUGAAUGGGCAGCCUGCGGUAGCCACCGAUGGCACGUGCUCUGGUGUAGGCUGCUGCGAGGCAUCCUUGCCGGGAUCAAGCAAUAUGUAUUCGAUCAAGCUUGACCCUUUGGGUGCAGAAAAUGGCACGACGGAGCAGCCAUUCAACGCUUCCUUUGUCAUUGCAGAAAAGGAAUGGUGGAACACAAACAACCAUGGUAUGUUGUUGCAGAAGGCAGUCUCAGAUGGCCUAGUCACACCAUGGGGCAUACCUGGCUCCGCUCCUCCGCUGCAGAUCAAGGCUGGUGGCAAGUGGAAUUUUAGAAACCUGUCUUGUGCAGAUGCUCGGAGAUCAAGUGAUUAUGGGUGCCUUAGCUCCAAUAGUUACUGCCAUGAUCACUGGAAUGGUGAAUCAUCAGGGUACAUAUGCCGCUGCAAACAUGGCUACGAGGGCAACCCUUACAUAACAAAUGGAUGCCACGCUGAUACUCAUGAGUGCACAAUCGGAGAUAAGUACCCAUGCUUUGGCGAUUGCAUUAACAUGGAUGGAUCCUAUAAUUGCGUCUGUCCACAUGGCACAUCUGGGAACCCCAAGAAACCUCAUGGAUGCAUCAAAGAUACAGAAAAAUUUUCAGGAAUUGGCUGUGGCGGAUGCCUUGUUCUUCUCAUUUUCGCUGUUAUUCUCUUGAGGCAAAAGCUAAGAGCCCGAAAAGCCAAGAAGUUGAGAAAUUUUUAUUUCAGGAAAAACCGUGGGUUGUUAUUGCAACAAUUAGUAGACAAGGACAUUGCUGAAAAGAUGAUCUUCAGCUUGGAUGAGCAAGAAAAGGCAACAAAUACAUUCGACGUGGAUCGGAAGAUCGGCAAAGGAGGUCAUAGUACUGUCUACAAAGGCAUUUUGUCUGACCAACGUGUUGUAGCCAUUAAAAUGUCAAGACGAGCAAUACAGAGUGAAACUGACAGUUUCAUAAAUGAGGUCGCCAUUCUUUCUCAAGUAAACGACAGAAAUGUGGUAAAACUCUUCGGAUGCUGCCUGGAGACAGAGGUUCCAUUGUUAGUGGAACGACUGAGAAUUGCCCUUGAAGUUGCACGAUCUCUUGCCUAUCUACACUCUGCUGCUUCGAUAUCAAUAGUUCACAGAGAUAUCAAGGCUACCAAUAUUCUGCUUGAUGAUAAUCUAACAGCGAAGGUGUCAGACUUUGGAGCUUCUCGAGGCAUCCCUAUUGAUGAGACUAGAAUAACCACAGCCAUUCAAGGAACUUUUGGAUAUCUGGAUACAGAAUGCUAUAACACGAGACGGCUCACUGAGAAGAGUGAUGUGUACAGCUUUGGUGUCAUGCUUGUGGAGCUUUUAACAAGGGAGAAACCGCAUAUUUACAUGACAGCGGCAGGUUACAGUCUAGUGGAGCAGUUUCUGAUACUACAUAGGCAAGACAAGCUCUCUGAGAUACUAGACCCACAAGUGGCCAAGGAAGGGGAGGAAGAAGCCAGAGUAGUGGCAGAGAUCGCAGCAAUGUGUGUAAGCUCAAGCGGGGAAGAUAGGCCCACGAUGAAGCAAGUCGAGAUGAGACUUGAGGUGCUGCAAAGCGCAGCAACCAGCAUUAAAAACACUAAGAACUGA